CGCCUUCGCCGGGGCCGGUCAUGCAGCGGCGGGCGAGCGAGCGCCCCCUGCAAACAUCACACUCUUUCGAUGCGUGAUGACCCAAGAAAAACACUAAUGGCCGGGGGCGCCGGGUGGGUGGCGGCGAGGGGACUGGCUAGAGGGCGUUCGUCGUCCAUUGCCCACGCCCACCCACUGUCUUGGCCAUGCUGACGGGGGCUGGCCGGGUGGUGGUGGUGGUGCAGCAUUGUGCUUGCUGUGUAUGACGACCGCCGUCCACCACGACGCGCGACCCCAACGGGGGAAGGGAUGUGUACUGUGUCUGUGAACAGACUGUGCCCGCCGCCACCCGGCCCUUCCGCUCUAUCUCUCCCUACCUUGCCUACCUAGGGGUACAUUCCUGCCUGCCGCCUGUCCACUACAUAUACCUGCCGCCUCGGCUUCUUCCUUGCUCCCAUCCUUCUUCCUGACCUCACCAUCGCCCGUCCAAGUGAUUCUCGGUCUACCCCAACCCACCCCUGGAUGGCAUCGUGCCUCUUCUGAGUGAACUUGCUUUCACCAGCCAGCCAACCUAUACCACACACCGCGCAACUACCUACCACUUUCAAACCCUGGCUACUAUCCUGUCUCGUCUCGCGUAUCCCAGUAAAGGAUUCCCCACCUGCUUGAUUGAACUGCCAACAUUCGUAUAGUGCUUGUCGGGGUCUCUCAGAUUCUGUAUUCCAGAUCACUUCCCCUUCGGUCUUUUGUUCCCAUCCGAGUCCACCUUGGCAGUAUCGUACCAGUGACUACAAUCCAGCUCACCCCCGGUAUCGUCGUGCUGUCCCGCAGUCCUUCUCCUCCCAUUGCUCCCUGCGCCACAAGUGCAGCAGCUUCCGCCUACGCCUGGCUGUCGUAUCGCCCUCGUCUCUGUCCAUCGCCGCCUUCGGGUUGGGAUUGAUAUUGAUGUCUCUUGACCAACGCAUCUCCAUCAACUGCCUGCGCCAUCCCUCUAGAUUGAUGGCCGUUUCCAGAACGCAGCUCUCUAGAGUUCAUACGGGUGAUAAUAUACAGAAUUUACAGAUCGGUUAAGAUUGCUGUGCACUGCUUGAUACCUGCCGUUCUUCAGUCUCGCAAAGCAUCACCCUAUAACAACGAACAAAAACUCAAAACGAGUCCGGCAUACCCGAGGUUAACUCCAUCCUCAAAAGUCUGCCCAGCAUGGCGACGACCGUGAGCAAGAGCAUCGUCAUCGUCGACUUCAAGCGGUCCCUCGUGCCCGUGCAGUGGGGCGAGAGCGUGCGGGCCGUCGGCAUGUCCGAGUGCAGGGAGGCGGCGCUGUCGCUGGCCCACGCCUUCGCGGCCGACGACCUACACCGCUACCUCGUCGACGCCGCCGACGACGACCCGGCCGGGCCGCCGCCGCCGUCGCCCGAGGGCAAGUGGAAGCUCCACGUCGACAUCAUGACCUACAUCGUCGCGGCGCACUGCUGCAACGGCGUCGUCUCGACCAUCGGGCCCGACUAUGAGGGGGUGGCGCUCUGGCUCACUCCCGGCAAGAACCUCGACAGCUGGCUCAUAACAAUCCGGAGCGGCCUCUGGCGCCUCUACUUCCAGCUCUCGCCCGAGGGCCGGAGGCGCUACUACGACGAGAUGAUGCCGCUGCUCCACCAUACCAAGGCCGAGGUCCUGGGCGACCGCGACGAUGACAGCUACUACCUCGUCUACCUGGGCACCAAGCCUAGCGGUCGGGGCCGCGGCUACGCCCGGAAGCUGCUCGAGGAGAUGAUUGCUCGUGCCGACGCCGAGGGCCGCCCCAUGUACCUCGAGUCUACCUCGCUGGCGAAUGUGGCCCUGUACGCCAAGUUCGGCUUCGAGGUCAGGCGUGAGAUCUUUCUCGAGCGCGGCCCCGUGCCGGUCCAGCUCUCCAUCAUGGUCCGCGAGCCCCAGCAGCAGCCCACGCGUAAGCCCGCCUACCCCGCCAGGGCCGGCGCCGGCAAGCUGCAGGGCGGCGCGACCAUGAAGCUGGCUUGAGUGGGGAGAGGGGGAGGAGGGAGGAUGUGAGAGUUUUGGUGCCUGAUUCUUUGGCUUUUGAACUAGCGCGAUGUGCUCCUGACGAUUUAUGACUGCUUCCUACGGCAUAUGCCCCUUUUUAUGGCUUUUGAAUUCUGCAUCCCUUUUGAGUGUCGUUUUCUGACAUGCGCCGACAGUACCGCCUUGUUUUCGUUACGGAGAUCUCUAUCUUACCCGCUCGAUUUCUUGCUUGUUAGUUUGGAUAUCGCGGUCUCCUUUUCCCUUCCUAUGCACUUACCCUCACCGCCGUUAUCAUGUCGUUCACACCCUCCUCCAGAUUGACACCCAUCGCCUCCCCAGACAUGGCGCGGAUGGGCGGUAGUCCCUCUCUUGAUAUUUACACACUAGCUUUCACGUCUAGUUAAACAACAACGAGCACACAAUCGCGCGCAGUUGCAUAAAUGGCUCUAGAUGAGCGAUCCUGGUACCGUCUUCUACAGGGGUUCCUGAAUAUAAGAGGCUGAUGCCGACUACUCCGGG